AUGGAGAGCUAUCUGACACUCAUUAUUCUGUCUUUUGUGCUCAGACUCACCACAGCUGGAAAUGUGAGGCUGGUGGGUGGUAAUAAUUCAUGUGCUGGUAGAUUAGAGGUUUAUUAUAAAGGAGAAUGGGGAACCGUGUGUGAUGAUUAUUGGGAUUUAACUGCUGCAUCAGUGGUGUGUAGAGAGCUGGGCUGUGGCAAUACUUUAGGUGAAAUACGUCUUGCUAAUUUUGGGCCAGGAUCAGGAAAAAUAUGGAUGGAUUAUGUGGACUGCAGCGGAUCAGAGUCCACAGUACUGGACUGCAGAGGACUAGGUGUAGAUGACCCUGACUGUACGCAUAAUGAAGAUGCUGGAGUCAUCUGUUCAGGAAUCAGGCUGGUUGGAGGUUCUCACUGCUCUGGGAGGUUAGAGGUGCCUCAUGGGAACACAUGGCACACAGUGUGUGACGCUGCCUUUGACCAGCAGGAUGCAGAGGUUGUGUGUAGAGAGAUUAACUGUGGGGCUCCUUUACAGGUGCUGGGAGCAGCUGCUUUUGACAAAGGUGACGCUCAGAUGUGGACACAAGAGAUUCAGUGCAGAGGAAAUGAGCAUCAGUUUGCUCUCUGUCCAGUGUCACCUUUACACAACAUUUGUUCCCAUGACAAUGAUGUGAGCAUUGUAUGUGCUGAAACAGUGAGAUUAAUAGGUGGUAACAGUAACUGUGCUGGUAGAGUGGAGGUUCUUCAUGAUGGUCAGUGGGGAACAGUGUGUAGUGAUGACUGGGAUUUGCUAGAUGCUGCAGUGGUGUGUAAAGAGCUGGGCUGCGGCGAAGCUGUAAGUGCACCAAAGAGUGCUUACUUUGGAGAAGGAACAGGAGAGAUCUGGAUUACUGGUGCACGAUGUAUUGGAUCAGAAUCUACACUGAUGAACUGUGGAUUUAUUGCAUGGGGAAUAAAGGAUAAUCAUACUAAAGAUGCUGGAGUCAUCUGCUCUGGAGUCAGGCUGGUUGGAGGUUCUCGCUGUUCUGGCAGAGUAGAGGUGCCUCAUGAUCAGACAUGGGUUUCAGUGUGUGAUGCUGCCUUUGACCAGCAGGAUGCAGAGGUUGUGUGUAGAGAGCUGGACUGUGGGGCUCCUGUACAGGUGCUGGGAGCAGCUGCUUUUGGCAGAGGAGACACUCAGAUGUGGACACAAGAUAUUCAGUGUACAGGCAAAGAGUCUUAUAUAUCUGUCUGUCCAACAUCAUCUUCUCUUAAACACAACUGUACCCGUGAGAAUGACAUAGGACUGUUAUGUUCUGGUUACACAGAGAUUCAACUGAUGAAUGGCCUUGACAUCUGUUCUGGUCGAGUUGAACGUCAGUACUUCAGUAAAUGGGGCACAGUGUGUGAUGCAUGCUGGGAUAUGAGAGCUGCCAGUGUCCUCUGUAGACAGCUGAAUUGUGGGAUUGCUGUGUCUGUUGUGGGAUCAGACUGGUUUGGAGAGGGAAGUGGUGAAAUCUGGGCUGAUGUGUUUGAUUGUGACGGGAAUGAAACAAAACUCUCAGAAUGUUCCAUCUCUUCAUGGAGUCGAGCUGAAUGUUCUCACAGACGAGAUGCUGGUGUCAUCUGCUCUAAUUCCUCUCUGGCUCUUCAUGAUGGUCUGGUGCGGUUGUCUGGAGAGAGACAGUGUGAGGGGGAGGUGGAAGUUUUCAUCCAUCAGGUCUGGAGGAGAGUUCUGCUGGACUCCUGGAGUCUCACUGAAUCCUCUGUGGUCUGCAGACAGCUGGGCUGUGGCUCUGUGCUGAACUUCUACGGCUCCUCUUCAUCCAGUCCUGAACACAGUCAUGAGUGUGUGACGGGCUUCCAGUGCUCUGGGAGUGAAGCUCAUCUGGGGAACUGCAGCUCUCCACAAACUCUCAACUGCAGCUCCACACAACAGCUGUCAAUCACUUGCCUUGUUGCUGGUGGGUUCUGGGGGAGCUUGGGCAGCUGCUCUUCUCCAGGCUGGGGAAAACAUGACUGUCAACACAAGGAGGAUGUAGGAGUCGUGUGCUCAGAGUUUAAAGAGAUCAGGUUAACUGAGGGCUGUGAAGGGAAUGUGGAGGUUUUCUACAAUGGAUCCUGGGGUAAUAUGUGCUGGAACCAGAUGGAAAGAGACACAGCGAGUCUGAUCUGUCAAGAGCUGAACUGUGGAAGAUCUGGUGUUUUGUCUGGUUCUGUAUCAAAAGUGGAAUCAGCUCGUAACUGGCUGGAUAAAGUAACAUGUCGACCACAUGAUUUAAAUCUGUGGCAGUGUCCAUCUUCACCCUGGGGACUGAAUAACUGUGGUGAGGAAGAAGUGGCCAAAAUCACCUGCUCAGAGGAGGAAACUCGUGAGUCUCCUCAGAGUCGUCUGACAUGUUUUACCUCACCAUCUCCUUACCAGAGACAGUGCACUAAUCAUGUUCCUCUCAAACUGAGUGGAGGGGAGGGCCGGUGCUCUGGGAGGCUGGAGGUGUAUCAUAACGCUGUGUGGGGCUCAGUCUGUGAUGAUCAGUGGGACAUCAGCGAUGCUCAGGUGGUCUGCAGGCAGCUGGGUUGUGGAGCAGCACUGAGGGCUGAUGGGAAUUCAACAAUUAGUGCUGGUGAAGGUGUUGUGUGGCUGAACAGAGUCGAGUGCAGAGGGAAUGAGAUUCACCUGUGGGACUGUCCUCUCUCCCUGAAAAACCACACUGACUGCUCCCACAAAGAGCACGCUGGACUCACCUGUGAAGAUUUGCCAGAUUUGUCAGUGUCCACUGCUCCUGCCACAACAACAUCAGCUUCUCCUCCAGUUUCUCCUCCAGUGUCCUCAACAUCAGUCUCUCUUCCACAAACUCCUCCAGCAGCGUCUCUCUCCGUCCCCCCAGUGCUUGUGAUUGUACUGGGAGUUGUGCUCUUACUGCUCUUAGUGCCACUGCUUAUACUGAUUCAGCAGAACAGAGUGAUGAGGAGAGCUCUCUCUAAGAGGAGACACAGGAUGACGACUGAGGCCAUUUAUGAGGAGAUUCAGCACAGACACAAUCACUUCACUCACACAGAAUUCCUGACAGAAAACCACAGAGCUGCAGGGAGUCUCAUCUCUGAAGAACUGAAUUGUGGGUAUGAAAAUGCUGAACUUCUUUCAGAAGAGAUGGUGAAGGAAAUCACUCCGGGAUACUAUGAUGAUGUCAUCACUGAUGGACUAAAACCAGAUCGUGAGACAGUGGACAAACCAGAGCACUAUGAUGAUGUCAUCAUUAUUGGACAGAACGUUCCAGGUUUAACAGAGGGAGAUCAGGAGGAGUAUGAUGAUGUGAAGAACAGCAAUGAAGAUGAGAGAAGCCUGUUGGACUAUGAUGAUGUGGGAAAGGAGUCAAAUAAAGAGGGAGGGGCCAUAUGACUCAUGACCACACCCACUGCCUCCGUUCAUGAAAUCAUAUUACAGUUACUGGACCUGCUGGGAGUUUCUCAUACUGCUACUAAUGCAUCAAUGCCUUAUGUUUUUGUUAUUUUAAAUCUUUUUUUUAUGAAAGGUUACAUGCGUUGCAAAAUUCAGUAUCAGCACAUUUUAAUAUUUGUAUUAUUUCUAAUUUGAUAUCAAUGCUUUUCAUCUAAUAAACAAAAUAUAUAAUUUAUUC